AUGAAUUCGUAUCGGAAAGAAUGUGAUUACACCGAGCUGGUGGCUGUUUGUCAUAAGUCAGAUUUGCAAGAAAACGAGAUGAGGCAGAUGGAGUUCAUAGGCAGCACUAGUAUCCUUUUAGUCAAGCAAAAUGGCAUUUUUCAUGCAGUGGGCGCCCAUUGCCCCCAUCGUGGAGCUCCUUUGUCAAAGGGUGUACUUACCAGAAAUCGUUUGGGAUGUCCCUGGCAUGGAGCUUGCUUCAAUCUGAAAACUGGUGAUAUUGAGAACUUUCCUGGCCUCGACUCCCUGCCCUGCCAUCAAGUGAAUGUUAACUCCAAAGGGCAGGUAUUAGUGCGAGCCAAGCGAUCGGAUUUACGAAUGAACAAUAGGAUUAAGAAAAUGGUAAGGGGCAACUGGCAGGAUCAAAAGUGCUUUGUAGUGGUAGGUGGAGGCCCUUCAGGUGCAGUCUGUGUGGAGACUUUGCGGCAGGAGGGCUAUACUGGACGCUUGAUUCUUGUUUGCCAGGAGAAGUUCUUACCCUACGAUCGCAUAGAAAUAAUGAACUCUUCAAAUAUGAAAAACAUUGAACUUUACCUUCGGGAUGAGAAGUUUUACAAGAACUACAACAUAGAGCUGUAUCUGGGCGUAUCCGCUGAAAAGUUGGAUACUAUUCGGAAUAUCCUUCAUUGCAGCAAUGGAAAUAUGUUGUUAUAUGACAAAAUCUAUAUAGCUACUGGUUACUCAGCGAUCAGACCAAAAAUACCUGGCGUAGAUUUGGAAAAUGUAAAGACUAUACGAGACAUAAGAGAUGCCAGAAGUAUAUUCGAAAUGGUGGACAAGACAACUCGAGUGGUCUGUCUGGGUUCUAGUUUCAUGGCUGUGGAGGCCUCCGCUAAUUUAGUUUCCCAGGCGCGCAGCGUUACCCUAGUAGCCCGACAAAAUGUUCCAUUUAAAACCACUUUGGGUGAACUAAUAGGAAACCGGUUACUUCAACUCCUAGAGGAGAACAACGUGAAAGUGCAGAUGAGCAGUGGUAUUACGCAGAUCCUGGGAAACGAUUGUGGUAAAGUGACUGCAGUGGAGCUAUUGGAUGGAUCUAAGAUACCAUGCGACCUGCUGAUCCUGGGCACAGGUUGCCAAUGCAAUACGGAAUUCCUCAAACAGUCUGGUGUGAAGUUAAAUGCCAAUGGUUCCGUGGAUGUCAACGACUUUAUGCAGACAAACAUACGAAAUGUGUAUGCGGGUGGUGAUAUAGCCAAUGCCCAUAUCCUAGGAGAGAUCACAGAUCGUGUAAAUAUAAGUCACUAUGGAUUGGCUCAAUACCACGGACGCAUUGCUGCAAUGAACAUGUGUAGGCAAAUUGCAAAACUGGAGACGGUACCCUUUUUCUAUACCAUGAUCUUUGGCAAGGCCUUUCGAUGCGCCGGUUUUGGUUCUUACAGUGAUGUUGUCAUUGAGGGAAGUCUCGAGGAUCUGCAGUUCGUGGCCUACUUUGUGAACGACAAGGAUGUGGUGACUUCAGUGGCCUCCUGCGGUCGGGAUCCCAUUGUCGCACAGUUUGCCGAGCUGAUAGCACAGCAAAAAAGUUUAUGUCGAUGUGAGAUCGCCGAUUCCAAGGGACGCAGUAACUGGGCUAAGAAGCUUUUAAACUAAAUUUCCUUACAGAUUGUUUUGAGUAAUAAAAGCUGUUUAAUUGUAUUCGGAAAAACGGUAAUUUCUGUCCAUUUUUUAUGUAAAAUUAAACAAAAAUUUCAAUCUUUUUUAUAAAUAAUACCUUUUCUUGUAUUUCACUUUGUAUGAUCUGUUAUGCAUAACAUAUGUUAUGUUAACAUAUGUGAAGAUGUUAUUUAAAGCUUACAAUUAAAUUAUCUCUGGCUGGAGUUUACUGCUGUUAACAAAAGCUUUACUUUCCAGCCACUUAACAGCCUACAAAAAUGUUAACUAUUAAACAUUUCAAACAAAGAUGAAAAUAAUUAAAACCCUUACAUUUUAUGAUUAUAGGCUAAAAAAUGCUUAGAAAUUAAAUGGAAUGAUUUAGGUUAAUGCUAGAACAAAAGAGUUCUAAGAGUUUUUAUUCCAACUAAGGGUUAACAGCUGUAAC